AUGUCGAACGCUAGCGACUCUCCUCGAACGGACAAGCCCGUGAUUCCUGUUGACCUGACCCGAGCUUCUUAUCACAGCGGAAUGGGUGACCUACCGUUACAACAACCGCAUACGACACAGCAGACCCGCAGCUCAUCUGAGAGCUGCGGCGCCUCGCUGAAGAGCCCUCGCACCGCUCGAUUCGCCGAAGCCACAACUGUGCACUCGCCGAUUGAGUCGUCGAGCCGCUCUCCCUUCGCUGAUCCGCCGCAAAAGCAGAACGGCGGCGUUGGCGAUGUUGGUUUCGGCUAUGUAGCUGCGAACCACCCCGCACAGUAUGCCGAAGACUCGCGACCGCCCAUGACACCUGCCCUCGCCUCGCCAUUGAGGAGUGGGCUGAAGGUGCCAAACACGGCGAAGUCUCUGAACCCGCUCAGCCCAACGUUCCGAGAGGAGUAUAUGCUUGAGAAGCAGGAGAAAGUAGCCGAGAAAGAGAAUGCUCGUGACUUGCGAAUCAAACUCCGGGUCCGCAUCGCCAAGAUCUUCCUCCGCGGCGUCAACUUCUCAUGCAGUCUGAUCGUGCUGGCCCUGCUGGCCACGACCCUAACCAUUUUCAGAGCCACGAAGAGCCUUCCCUCACGUAAUGGUCUGCCCGCCUGGGCAGAGGGCACCAACCCAUGGGCUCAGUACUUGCUACUCGGCCUGGCUUGUUUCUCUCUAUUUGCGUGUUUGAUUGUCUUCUGGGGUUAUUGGAAAGGCGGGCAUCGUCGCGCCGAAAAGGUCACCGUCUACUAUACCACGUUUUCGAUCUGUUUCUUCUUCUUCAGUUUCAUUAUGUGGAUUGUCGGCGCGGCCAUUUACCAGCACUCCAAGUCUUCCGGCAAUAAAAAGGAUAUGUGGGGAUGGUCUUGCAAUCAGAACACGCGUGAAGAGAUCUAUUCGAACACGGUAGAUUACGCGCUUCUUUGCCGUCUUCAGGACUGGGGCCUCGUCUGCGCCAUCAUCGAAGUCGUCAUCGAAGUUCUCGUCCUGCUCAUCUACGGUGUCGUCGCUUACCGUCUCUGGACCAAGCGUCGCCUCAUGAAGACCAUGGACGGGCGUGACAAGGCCCGCUCGGAUCUCUACCUCGCUCAACUGCGUCUUCAGUCCGCCCCCAACACCCCCGGCUUCCCCGGCUUCGCAAGCUACCCACCCAAGUCACCAUACGGCAUCUCAGUAGACCCCUAUUCUGCAGCAGAGAAGGGCCAAGCCGAGCCAACGACAACGCAGUACGCCUCACCGCGCUCUCCAACCCGGCCAACCCCCUCGUUCCAGCUCCAGCCUCCACCCAUCCGCGUCCAACAGGCCUCGCCUCGCGUGCAACAGGAUGGCUUCGCGGCGCCCCAGGCGCCCAGGUCGCCCUCCCCGCCGCUAAAGAACGAGCCUCAACAUAUGGCCGCGGCACCUGGCGAGGCAGACUACGGCUCUGUGCCUAUCCCGGGCGCUUACACAAGCCCCAUGAUGCCGACCUUCCCAGCCGCGGUGCACAAAUAG